AAGCUUGCGGUCACGCUGGCACGGUCGCAGUGGUCUAAAAAAAACGUUGUAAAAGUUGUAAAUCACUUAAUUUUGUUGCAAAAAACGUCGGAUUUGUGGCUUUUCGGUGCCUGUAAAAGCACAAUAUUAGUUACUAGCAUAGUAAAUGUAUCGUGCAAGUUGAAAACGGUCUGCGAGAAACUGCAUUUGUAUACAGUGGAGCAGUUGAGUGCAGGUGUUGUUGUCUCAUUCAGACGUACUUUCGAGUUGGAUUGCUGUGCGAGCGAAACAACAACAAACAAGUUACAAGCUUUAAAUACGCUGCUACCCAGGUUGAUUGACUGCUCGCACGUGUCAAUUAACCAAAUAUUGUCAUUUCAGUCGGUGUUUGCAAACAGACGCAAUUCCUUCAUCAAUAAAUGCGAAACUGGAGUUGUUAGACUCCAGCAGCAACGACGACACCAUUCACUCCACCAACUUGAAUCGCAAACUGAUCAAAAUUAAAAAGUUCAAGCUGGACGAUAUGAAGGAAAUGGUGGGCGGCUGUUGCGUAUGUUCGGACGAGCGGGGGUGGCCGGAGAACCCGCUCGUGUACUGUGACGGCCAAAACUGCACCGUUGCCGUGCAUCAGGCAUGCUAUGGCAUCGUUACCGUGCCCACUGGACCUUGGUAUUGUCGGAAAUGUGAGUCUCAGGAGCGCACAUCCCGUGUACGCUGCGAGAUCUGCCCAUCUCGAGAUGGUGCCCUCAAGAAAACCGAUACGGCGGGAUGGGCUCAUGUCGUCUGUGCGCUUUACAUACCGGAGAUUCGUUUUGGGAAUGUGACAACCAUGGAGCCCAUUAUACUGACACUAAUACCGCAGGAACGCUACUCGAAGACUUGCUACAUUUGCCUAGAGAUUGGCAAACCAAAUCGCGCCAAUGUCGGAGCCUGCAUGCAGUGCAACAAGGCCAACUGCAAGCAGCAAUUUCAUGUGACAUGCGCCCAGAGCUUAGGAUUGCUCUGCGAGGAGGCUGGCAACUAUUUGGACAAUGUCAAGUACUGCGGCUAUUGUCAGCAUCAUUAUAGCAAAUUGAAGAAAGGCGGAAACGUCAAAACCAUACCACCCUACAAACCCAUACAACAUGACACCUCCUCCGAUUCAUGCUCGUCUCCCGAGAAGGAGAUUGAUUCGACCAUGAAUUCGGCAUCCACCUCAGCGACAAGCAUCAAAAUCACCAGCAGCAGCUUGAACGCCAGCUCCUCAACAAAUCUCUCGAGUGGUGGUGGGGGUGGCAGCAGUGUUUCAUCCUCGUCUAAGCAACGCAAGUCAAAUACUUCGGGCAAAUCUUCGUCGCUGUCUUCGAGCAGCAGUUCGGCCACUUCAACAGGCCUAUCCUCGAAUCCAUUGAGCUCCUCGACUGCUGGAGUUGCUGGGAACACUUCAACUGCAGGCAGUUUUCUGCCCGGCAGCAGCAGCAGUGGCUCUAGCAGCAACAACAAUGCAGUGAGCAACAGCUUGACAAACACCAUCAACAGCAAUGCUGCAUCGACGCACGCCAGCAGUGCUGGCAGCAGCAGUGGCAGUGGCAAUACAAUCAACAGCAGCUCUGUACCUGGCUCUGGCAGCGGCAAUAGUGGAGCAAUGGGCACCAGCAAUUCGAGUACUAAGUCAUCAGCUAGCAGCUCCAGUGGCAGUUAUAAGGACAAGCAUAGCAAAAACAUGAGCAAGCAAUCCAGCUCUGGCUCUAGCAAGGACAAGGAUAAGGAUGGUGGCAGCAAUUCAUCUAACAACAGUUUCUCUCAUUCAUCGGCUUCAUCGUCAUCCUCUUCGUCGUCGUCAUCGCGCGAGAAAUCUUCCAAAUCAUCGAAAAACAAGGAAAGCUCAAAGGAAACCGCUGCGGCCACAAGCAGCAGCAGCAACAAUAACAACAACAAUGUUGCAACCAGUAGCAGCAACAUACCCACUACAUCGACUAUGCCAGCGAAUAGCAGCAGUUCCACGUCGCAUCCCAGUGCAGUGCCACAUGUAUCUAGCAGUGGCAGCAACAGCAGCCUUUCUGCUGCCACCGCACUGAAUGAGCACAGCAAUCAUGCCCAGAAUCUGAGUACGACGGCGCCAACGAGUUCGGCCUCUGGCAGCCUAACGGGCAAACUGCAUUUGGCUAGCAAUUUGGGCGGUGGCUUUGGCACUGAACUCCAUCCCACAAGUAGCAGUAGCAGCAGCAACAUCUUAAAGGAUACAGCCGCUGUCUUUGGGGGCAAUAGCAAUACUGGCCAUUUGGAUGGCUUGCCGGGCGCUGGUUCGUCCACAAGCAGCAGCAGCAGCAAUGUGCUGGGCAUGAGUGGCAUAAGCAGCAACACAUCAACGAAUUUAAGCAGCAGCAGUAAAACAGCGCUCUCUGUGGCAUCUGCCUCAUCGACAACAACAUCCAGUCAGUCCUUGUCAUCGAGCAGCUCGUCGUCAGCGUCAUCGAAGAAGCGUAAAGCAGACAUUGCCAAGUCGAGCAUACUGCUGGACGAUCAUAAUAGUUCAUUUCGGGAUAUUAUUAAGGAUGUGCACGUGACGUUGACGCCACUAACAGAUUUUGAGAAGGAAAUUGAAAAGAGCUCGAAACGGCAACGCACCGAGUUGAGUCCACCCACCCACCAAACAUCGGCGACCGCUGAAGUGAAUGCCACAUUAGCGACCGCCACGAUAGCAACCAGCGGCACAGCGAUAGCAACCACAGCAGCAGCAACAGCAGCCACUACCUCAACCUCCAACAGUGCGAGCAGCUCAGCAGGAGCCAGCUAUGCGAAGACAGAGUCGAGCAAGGCGAGCAGCAGCAGCAGUAAGCAUGGCAACAGCAGCAACAGUGGCAAGGACAGCAGCAGCAGCAAUAGCGCAGCAACAGUUGCUGCCAGCAGCAGUAGCGGCAAUGCGCCCAGUCUUUAUGUCUCGGUGCCGUUGUCCACCGCCAAUGUACCUGGCAUCAAUUUGCCCAAUAGCAGCAAUGCGAGUGAAGCGCAUGGAAACCCGCAACAACAGCAAUCCGCACAGUCGCCACUAACAACAGGUGGAGGAGGCGCCUAUGCAACAUCUGGCAGUGGCAACAACAACAGCUCUGGCUCUGUUAUACAGCAUCAGAGUGGGAAAUCGUCGCCAGCCUUGGGUUCAUUAGUGAGCAGCAGUGCAUCAGGUGGCAACACUGGCAAUCUGACGGCCACCACCACAGAAAGUGGCAACCUGAAGAUCAGCUUUGAGAAGCAGACGACGCGAGUGCAACAGUUGCAAGAGCAGGAAGCAUCACCAGCGAGACGCAGCAGAUCGCGCUCUGGUGAAAGUGGCAACCACCAUCAUCACCAUCAUACAAAUCACCAAACUCACCAAACCCACCACAACCAUCAACAAUCGCAAGCAUCGCAACAGCAGCAGCAACAACAACAACAACAGCAGACGCAACAUCAUCAGUUGCAACAACAGCAAUCGUUGCACUCCUCUGCCAACUCCUCCGCCUCCUCCUCGUCCGUCUCUGCAUUGACCACGCCCACCAAAUCACAAUCACGAUCGGGCAAAAAACGCGCUGCAGCGUUGAGUAAAAGCGAUGCAGCAGCUACAACAACAACCGCAGCAGCAGCAGCAGCAACCACAUCGCCAGCGACAAGCACAGCAGCAACAUUGAACACAGCUGCAACUGCAACAAGCACCGUUGAGAAAUUGAGUCGCGGCAGCAGCAGUCGCCACAGCUCACCGCACUAUCGUGCCACGCCCACACCGCCACCGCAAGCCAUGUUGCCGGGCGGUGUCUCCUCGCCUGUUGUCAUGUUGCAGGCAUUGUCCUCGUCCUCCAUCGAUUCGCCUCCUGCGGUGGCAACCACGCGUAAUACGCGCAACAACAGCAGUAGCAAUAUUGCAGCUGCCACAGAGCAUGGCGGCAGCUCGGCUUCGUCCACUUGCUCCUCCUCCUCGUCGUCCAUGUCCUCGACUGUUGUCAGUCUGUUAGAUUCCCCCGUCAAUAUGUCCACACAAUCGCCAGCUCAGCCGCAUGUGGCAUGCUACCGAAGUGGCAGCAACAAUGCAACCGCAAAGCCAUUAAACAAAAAAAUGUUGCGUGCUCAGCAAACGCAGUUGUAUCAGCAGCAACAACAACAACAGCAACAGCAGCAGCAACAACAUGUUAAUUUAAGCAAUGCACCAAGCGCUAAUGCCACAUCUGCAACUGCCUCAGCCUCAGCCUCUAGCUCCUCCUCACCCUCCGCCAAUAGUCCAUUUGUGCACCUGCAACAACAACCGCAGCAGCAACAACAACAACAGCAAAAGCAACAUCAACAUCAAGACUUAGAGAUUUUACAAUUUACUAAUACAAAUAACAAUGCUUCUUCCCACACCACAACAACAACGACAACUCCAACAACCACCACCAACAACAACAACAACGCUGCUAAAACAACAACCUCAUCGACGUCAACGAAAUCGAACAGAACUCCCGAUCUCAAUCUGGCGAGCAACCCAGCGACAACAACAGCAACCACCACCAGCAGCAGCAGCAACAGUUUGUUGAGUCUCAAUCUCGGCAGCAGCCACAAUCUGGGCAGCAACAACACGCCCAACAGCAGCAGCAACAGUGGCGGUGGCGGUGGCGGUCUCAAGUUCACCUACGAGGCACAAAUGGAUGUGCCGAUGUUGCCAGUUAGCGCCAUCAAGGAUUCGCCUCCAAGUUCACCGGGAUCCGAGUUUGGUUCGAAUCUGAACACGAAUCUGACGACGGCAGCAAUCAAUGCUGCUGCAGCAGCCACAGCCGCAGUGGCAGCCAGCAGCAAUGUGCGCAAACGUGGACGCAAGGCCAAAGAUGCAACACUCGCUGCAACAACAGCGGCAGCAGCAGCAGCAGCGGCGGCGGCAGCAGCAACAGUUGCCACGCAACCGGAUCUCAAGGAUGUGCGCAUACUGCAGAAUGGUUGCAGCAGCAACAGUGCAACAGCAGCAACAGUUGCUGCCACAGCCGCUGUGCCGCCAGUCAAUGCACCCACACCGCCAGCAACACCCGCCAGCAAUGCAAGCAACAGCGGCAGCAGCAACAGCAACAGCUCAAUCAUUGCACACACGGCAACACACAUGCUGGGCAACCAUGUGAAUCCCAGCAGCAGUGUGGCCCAGAAGCUGUCGGAGCAACUGCACAUGGAGGUCCAAGAUCAUGCCAUCUACACGCCCGACUCGAUGACCUCCCAAUUUGCUGGCGUUCCGUUUCCCGGCAAGCAGCGCAAUGCGAGCAACGCUGCUGCGGCUGCAGCUGCCGCAACAGCGACGCCGGCACCGAAUCCGCUGCAAUCGAUGUUCGGUGGCGGUGGCAUCAAUGGCAACAUGCCGAUACCGCAGAGUCUGGAGCAGUUGCUGGAGCGCCAGUGGGAGCAGGGAUCACAGUUUCUCAUGGAGCAGGCGCAGCACUUUGACAUUGCUUCAUUGCUGAACUGUCUGCAUCAGCUGCAGAGCGAGAAUCUGCGUCUGGAGGAGCAUGUGACCAGUUUGAUAGCACGUCGCGAUCAUCUGUUGGCCGUUAAUGCUCGUCUCCAGAUUCCGCUAAACAAUGCUAUCAAUAAUGCCAAAGCCGAGGCGCAUGCUUCCAGCAACAGCAGCAGCAACAUGAACAGCAUCAGCAGUGCAAAUGCUCUCAAUGCUGCUACCACAAUUGCAGCAGCCGUUUCGCUGGCAACAACUGCCAUCAAUACAACAACACCCACCAUGGCCAACAGUCGAGCGAGCAGCGCCAACAGCAGCAUUCUGGACUAUCGCAGCAGCAGCAACAAUAACAACAACAGCAGCAACAAUAGCAGUAACAGCAACAGCAACAACAACAGCAUUAGCAAUAAUACUGCAAAUGCAAAUGCAGCCACAACAAAUGCUGCGACACCAAUGUCAGCGGUUGGCAGUCUUGCAAUGGGCAGUGCUGCCAACUUGGGUUUAAGGUAA